ACGAGGAAGGACGCGCCACCAUGACUAAGCGUGGAAGGCGCGUAGCGACUGGCGGCCCUACUGGCCGUCCACCCAAAACGGCCAAGGGGGCCAACGCCGCCGUGGCGAGAAGUGCAAAGGCCGUCCGCAGGCUGGAGGAGGUCGAGAAGAGGGAGGCGGCCUUCGCCGAGGCCGAGGCAACUCUCGCGGCCCGGAAAGAGGAGCUCAACGCAAUGGAGGCGGCACUCGCAGAGAGGCUCGCGACGUUGGAAGCGCUUGAGCAGGCGCGCGAGCAGGGUCGUGUCAGCAAUGCCGAUGCGAGUUCCAAGCUUUCUCCGGUGGCGCUGGAGUUCUUGACGACUCCGUGGAAUCGCUGAGGCCCAAGACUGGCGAGCUGACGACCCCGCACCAGUCGCGGAUGAUCCUCAUGCUGUACUUCGACCUCGUGAAAAGAGGAAGCUCUGAGAACAAAGCGAAGGACCAGGUCGCGAAGACCUUCAGAAUCGGCACCGACAAGGUCCUGGCGGUUCGCACUCUCUGGUAUGACAAGCAGGAGUUGUACCAGACCACCGGGAAGGGGCGAGGCAAGGCUUCCAGCGCGUCACGACGGGAUUGACGGGGCGUCACCAAGAAGAAUCAAGGGAAUACAUUUACACGAACGAGAUCCUUCAACAAAGAUCACAAGAGAGACCGCCAACCCUUCCGCCGGACGUUGAAGGACUAGUAGUAAGAGGGAUCCUACCGCGCCCCAUUUUCCACCCGGUUCCCCGUCCCGCCUGUGUUUUAGAAGAAGAAUCCCGAGUGGGAUAAACGCUGAUCCUCUUGAUUUUUGUGGCUAAGGCUCGACACAGCCACCCCAUGGCAAGGACCGGCGUUCGCCGGUAGAAAUGUUCGAGUUUUGGACGGGGAGACCGGUGUAUCGACGGCCACCAUUUUGUCAAGGGCUGUCGUCCGCGUCAAUGUCCAUGCAAACGCAAUGCAAGUGGUGGGCGCUAGGGCGCUUGUGGUCCACCGUUGAUGCCGUGGCUCGCUCGCUGACGAUGAUACCAAGGGCUUCCGUCGCGGCAUUUUGCUUGGCCCGGUUGGCACAAGACGCCCAUUCCGCUGCACACUACGCUUUCCUC